CUCGGAGACAUGAGCGAUCACUACCACUGGCCCGAGACUACUGUGGGAUCGGUGCGGAUGAGCUGGACAAUCGGCCGCGCAGUCGGCGACGAGCUUGCAUCGGCCAACAUCGCCCAACCGGCAGUCGCCAAGCAGCUGGACCUUGAUCUAGGCAUCGGCAGCCGUCCGCUCGUGGCCAGCUUCCUCGAGCAGUAGUCGACCUGUUGAUCGUAAACUCGCAGGCUGGGCAGAGGAUAACGGCAGUCGGAGAGGAUGUCUGGAGGCCAAUGGACCAGUUGGCUGCAGCGAUGUCGCGAGUCACGCAGCUUGGUGCUCGUGAUCGUCGCGAUAGCUCUGCUGCUCGACAAUAUGCUGCUCACCACCGUAGUUCCAAUCAUCCCGGAAUUCCUUUACGACAUGAAACAUCCAAACGCGACAUUGAACAAUUUCAUGGAAGGCGCAAAACAUACAACAACUACGGUCGCGCCUACAUCACCAACGUGCAGCUGCCCGCAACAAGGCCACAGCAAUCAUUCGGCCCUGGAAUUCAUACAAUCGGCAACGGCCGCUUCCAUCGAGGCAACAACUGUAAAUCAAACGGCAUUGGAGCUGGUCGAGAGAAAAGAGCGUCACAAGGAAUUGGUCGAAGAGACCGUGGCAGUCGGUAUCAUGUUUGCUUCCAAGGCGGUGGUUCAAUUGUUGGCCAAUCCCAUCGUAGGACCUCUGACACACAAAAUCGGUUAUAGCAUACCCAUGUUCGCCGGAUUCAUCAUAAUGUUCAUAUCGACGGUGAUCUUCGCCUUCGGUCGCAGUUACGGGAUUCUGUUUCUAGCCCGAGCCUUGCAGGGCAUCGGUUCAUCCUGCUCGAGCGUUUCUGGAAUGGGAAUGUUGGCCGAACGAUAUCAGGACGACAAGGAGAGAGGAAACGCCAUGGGCAUAGCCCUCGGUGGCUUGGCUCUGGGUGUGCUCAUAGGACCUCCGUUCGGAGGCAUCAUGUACGAGUACGUGGGAAAAUCCGCACCGUUCCUCGUUUUGUCGGCUCUCGCGCUUGGAGACGGAUUACUGCAACUUCUGAUGCUGCAACCGUCGGUCAUAUACACGGAAGCCGAGCCACCUUCGUUAAAAUCGCUCGUCACUGAUCCCUACAUCAUUUUGGCCGCAGGUGCAAUAACGUUCGCCAACAUGGGCAUCGCCAUGCUCGAGCCCAGCCUUCCAAUUUGGAUGAUGGACACCAUGGGAGCAAGUAGAGUGCAGCAGGGAGCGACAUUUUUACCGGCCAGUAUUAGCUAUCUCAUCGGUACGAAUCUUUUUGGCCCACUGGGACAUCGUAUGGGCCGAUGGUUGGCUGCACUCAUAGGUUUAUUUGUCAUUGGUUUUUGUUUGAUGUGUAUACCGUUGGCGACGAGAAUCGAUCACCUGAUCGUACCAAACGCUGGUCUGGGCUUCGCCAUCGGCAUGGUGGACAGCUCGAUGAUGCCCGAGUUGGGCUACCUCGUAGACAUUCGGCACACCGCAGUUUAUGGAAGCGUCUACGCCAUCGGCGACGUCGCUUUCUGUCUUGGUUUCGCUAUUGGUCCUGCACUGAGUGGCACAUUGGUUAAUUCCAUCGGCUUCGAGUGGAUGCUCUUCGGCAUAGCCAUUCUGAAUUUCAUUUACGCACCCUGCAUGUAUUUCCUGAAAGCCCCGCCGACCAAGGAAGAAAAGAAGACUUUGAUUGUUGGGGAAAAGUCUUCGGUGCGCUACGUCACCUACGAGAACGAAGAGGAGGAUCAGUAAAAGUACAAAACUUGUUUCCUAUUUUAGAUUGAUUUUUUUUAUUCUUAAUACAGCAAUCGAUCUCAAAGAUUCUAAUUUUCCUGUCGACUAACAUUUAUUACUGUCUAAUUACUAAUUAAAUAUUUAUUACUAAUAUUUAUAACGAUCAAUUGACGAUUACUGUUUCUUAUGCAUUAAAAAUUAACACCACACUUUUUUGUGUUCAAACGGUUAUUACUUGAAAAACUAUUUAUUCAUAUAUAUUUUUAUAAAACAAUCCAAUAGCACUAUGUAUUAUAAGUUUAUAAUGCACUCGAAAGUAUAGUUUUAUUUUCCGGCACAUAUUGAGUAAAUUUCCUUUGGAGUUAUUGCACAGAUUAAUUUUUAACUUAAAAAAUUAACAUCUGUAAAAAUUUCUUUUUUUUUCAUUCGUAGAUUAGGUAUAUUGACAUUUUCUUCAAAGUAGAAUUUAUAGAUUUUAGUUAUUUUAUCUUGUUCAAAUUUUGAUACUAGAAAAUAAUCCAUCAACUGAAUCAUACGCUCAGUACAAAUAAUUUCCCAAUCACGACACUUACAAAAUAUUUGAAAAAAAAAUUAAACAUAGUCCAGUUGAUUGAGAAAAGGUUGACCGGUGGCUAACUAUGACGAAAAAAACAUGUAAGAAAAAAUAUAAGGAAAGGAAGGGAACGAGUAUCCGACGAUUCUAACGAUUUUAUCAAAGGAAUACCAUAAAUUUUUUUUCCAAACGUAUGAAAAAACUUGAAAGCCGCCCGAUUCGGAUUUCCUGAAUGGCUGCAGGAAAACCAUGCGAAAAUGCGAUCGGGAAAGCAUGAAGGAGCUUUCAAUAUUCGAUUUAAAUUUGAAAAAAUUCGACGAAAAAUGUUGUUCUAAGGUAUUUCCUAAUUUAACGCUUACCUGACGACGGAACAAACACUACUUUGAAACGUCCGAUCGCAUUUGGUAGGCGAAAUUGAGUGUUGAUCGAUAUUCCAUGUACUAUUUCCUAGUCUAUCUCGGUGUUCUAGUAGUUGAAUUUUGAUCUUUAAAGUACAUAGAUAUAUAAGAAGAUUUUUCGCCGAAAAGCGAGCGGACGUUUUCAAUAGCGAUAUGAUAACGACGAAAAGUGACGAGAAAAUAACAUAUUUAAGAUUAACAUAUUAUACUGCGCGGAUCUGGCGCUGUGCAACGGACGUGAGGUGAUCAUGAGAAAACUUAAAAUGAGAGGAUUUGCAGCGGGAACCUCUGGCCUCUAUUCGAGUCUUUUUCUUUUACCAAAAAUCGUAGUAUGUUAUAAAAAAAAAUAUAAAAAAUGCCUCACAAGUAGCAUUCGUAGAAGCAAUACAUAUUAUUAGAAAUAAGAUACAAGUAUAUAUAUUACUACAAUAUAUACAAAAUAUAUAACAUAUGA